AUGGGCAAGGUUCACGGCUCUCUCGCUCGUGCCGGAAAGGUCAAGUCUCAGACCCCCAAGGUUGAGCCCCAGGAGAAGAAGAAGACCCCCAAGGGCCGUGCCCGCAAGCGACUUCUCUACACCCGCCGCUUCGUCAACGUCACCCUCACUGGCGGAAAGAGGAAGAUGAACCCCGCUCCCACCGCGUAA